AUGUCUGGUCGCGGCAAAGGAGGAAAAGGUCUAGGAAAGGGAGGCGCGAAGCGUCAUCGUAAGAUCCUUCGGGACAACAUCCAGGGCAUCACCAAGCCCGCCAUUCGACGUCUCGCUCGCCGUGGUGGAGUCAAGCGAAUCUCUGGCCUCAUCUACGAGGAGACCCGUGGCGUUCUCAAAGUCUUCCUUGAGAACGUUAUCCGUGACGCGGUUACCUACACCGAGCACGCUAAGCGCAAGACUGUCACCGCCAUGGACGUGGUCUACGCUCUGAAACGACAAGGCCGAACCCUUUACGGAUUCGGCGGCUAG